GCCCAUACCUGCGGAACAUGCCUAUAUGCAAUGCUAGUACUGGUAGUGCUAAUAGGGACAGAUAUCGAGGAUCUGAUGAAGUGCUUAGUGGGGCACGAGACUUGGCUCGUAUGAUAUAAAUAAGUCGGUUGAUAUUUUCUGCUUCAUGCUUAUUUUCAUUGCGCACUGGGCCAAGUGCACAUUCCACCAUGUCAUGAUCUUCCUGGCGCUCAUUGUCGUGUUCGUGUGGUAUAAUGCUGCUUUGGGCGUUCCUGUAGCUUGUGGGAUCAUAUCCAGGUCCGUGUAUGUUGGAGCGGCUUCCGAGUUGACUCACAGGCACGUCCCGUUGGGCUCAGAUGGCCGGCAGAGCUUGUACCUGUUGGCGAAGGGCACGCCAUUUGAGAGGCAAGUUUGUGAAAGUAGAGCCGAGGAGAGUUAAGAGAAGACCGAUGUCAGAGAGUCCGGGUCAUCAGAUGAUGGCACAGCGGGGAAACUGACAUUUACCAGGAAUUACAUUCGAAAGGUAAUCUAGAUCUGCUUUUGAUUGAAACCUUGCAAA